CAGCUAUAAAUACCAGCCCGCCACAACGAAGAUAACAGAAAGGGAAAAGGGAAAUCCAGUAAGCUACGGCAGAGAGCUCAACCCCCUACGCCAGUCUCAUCCGAACAACCCAAUACCAAGAGAAGUCACCCUCUCAAUUUCUCACAUAUCAACCGAAAGUCCCCGGAAGAAGCACAUGGGCCCCUUCAUCCUCGACGCGCUCAAUGUCCGCGUGGAAGGCUCCGGCGACCAAGUCCUCGUCCUAGCUCACGGCUUCGGCACCGACCAAUCCGCCUGGCAGCGUAUUCUCCCUUACUUCACUCGCCGUUACACCGUCAUUCUUUACGACCUCGUCUGUGCCGGCAGUGUUAAUCCCGAUUACUUUGAUUUCCGCCGAUAUACUACUCUCGACGCCUACGUCGACGACUUGCUUGACAUUCUCGACGCCCUUCGCGUUCAACACUGUGCUUAUGUCGGUCACUCUAUCUCAGCCAUGAUCGGAAUCUUAGCCGCCAUCCGCCGACCUGACCUCUUCACUAAGCUCGUCCUCAUCGGCGCUUCUCCCAGAUUUUUGAACGACACAGAUUAUCACGGAGGAUUCGAGCACGGUGAAAUUGAACAAGUGUUCUCUGCUAUGAAGGCCAACUAUGAAGCAUGGGUCAACGGAUUCGCUCCCCUAUCCGUCGGAGCGGACGUUCCGGAGGCGGUCCGAGAAUUUACCAGGACUCUGUUCAACAUGAGGCCCGAUAUAUCGCUAUUCGUGUCUCAAACCGUGUUUAACAGCGAUUUGAGAGGAAUUCUAGGGUUGGUGAAGGUGCCGUGUUGUAUUAUGCAGACGACUAAAGACCUUUCGGUGCCGUCAUCAGUGGCAACUUAUAUGAAGGAACAACUGGGUGAUCGGAGCACGGUGCGGUGGUUGGAGACGGAGGGACACCUUCCUCAUUUGAGCGCUCCCACCUACUUCGCUCGGCAGCUGGAGAUAGCCCUUUCGCAGUAGCGCGUGGGCACAGAGGCGCGUGCUUUUAGUCGUUGCUUUUUCAUAGCAUAGGUACUGGUAUGGAAGCUAGAGGUCCAGGAAGAAGUGGUGGCUAAAGGCUCCAAGGCUGGACACCUGGCGAAUAAUAUGUGGGCUUUGCGACGAAGAUGUGGAACUUUAUCACCCUCGAAGGGAUAAGGAUUGACACGUGAUCAUCACAUGAUAAGUAGCUUCAGUAAUUUAUCUCCUGCGUUUUCUCGCGGGCUUUCUUCCUUCGCUUUUUCAAAAUUAAGAUUAGCUUUUAGUGUGUCCUGGCGGUUUGUAGUUGGUAGCAUCUCUGAUGGAGUUUAUCUUAAAUGGGGGCAGACAGCUGAAAAGCGGAGGAAAUGAUUUUAUCUGUGUGAUGCGACUUUUGUACGGCUAUCUCAGUUUAUAUUUGUCCUGUCUUUUCCCCUGUAAUGGAUUGUGUUUCCGUUAUCUAUCACUUGUCAAACGACCCGGCAACAUCACUGCACCAGCAUUUAUAUUAAAUAUUCACUGUUUUUCUGA